CUGAUCAAUAAAAAUUUUAUUGAUACAUAAUAUUUAUUUUUUUCUGAAACCUUUACACGUCAAUGUGAAACCAUGGAUAAAUCGGACUAUUUGAACCAAAAAAUGCUCAAACCGUUGAUGCCGGAGGACAUGAGAAGCGAACUCAUAUCCGCUCUCAAAUCGCAGAACGUACAUCAAAAUCGCGUACGAUCCGUUAGAAAUUUCAAGAGGUUUGCACCCACGCCGUCGCUACCGGCCAGUCCAGCUACUCCGGGCGCUAGUAACGAAGAUGACAAACGAGACCAACUUCGCCUGCAAGCGAUUCAGGAAAUCAGAACUUCGGAGAUUUCCUUUCUCAAACAGUUGGAUUUGCUGAUAAACUAUUUUGUGGCUCCUUUGAAAACGAACGGGCUCAUUCAAGUUCGCGAGCAUUCCCAAAUCUUCGGGCAGCUGGAAACGAUCUAUAAUCUCAGCCAGGAACUGCUCAAAAAGUUGGACGACGACCUGGACAACGUAGUACGUGCGUUCAUGAAUCUGGGACCGUUCUUCAAGCUUUAUUCUGUGUAUGCAUUUGACUAUCGAAAUUCGCUUUUUUCACUGCAGACGUUGAUACAGAAGAAUCCUGCUUUGAAGCGAUUCAUAGCCAACUCGGAAUCGAGACCGGAGGUUCAGACGAAGCUGAUUUCACUGUUGAUAACGCCGAUUCAGCGAAUUCCCCGCUACAAGCUGUUGCUGCAGCAGGUUCUGCUCUAUACCAGCCCAUGUGAUGGUUCGUACAAACAGCUGCAGGAAUCGAUAAAACUGGUAGAGCAAUCCGUGUCGCACAUCAACUCAGUGGUAGAGGAUUACGAGAACACUCAAAGACUUAUUACGAUUCAGAACGCGUUGACCAACAAGUCGCUGAAGAUUGUGAAGCCGGCGAGGAAGAUUUUGAAAGAAGGUAUCCUUCGGAAGCAGAAAACGGACGGCACGACUUCCAAGAAGUAUUGCAUCCUGAUGUCCGACAUGUUCGUCUACUGUCGGAUGUUGAAGGACCAGGAUCAUUUGUUUUCGGAAAAUGGGUUGGAAUGUUGUUGCAUUUUCCCGCUUAAAAAGUGCAAGGUGAUGGAACUGUUCAGUGGAAAUUUCAAAAUAGCUUGCAGUGGCGAUGGAACGAUUUUCACGGCAGAUAAUCCCGUGGAUUGUCGUAGCUGGUUCCAGGCCAUUCGGGAGGCUGUAGAGCUGCAUGUGCAGUGCAGAAAAACCCUGCGAAAAUUGUCCAGCAAUAGGAAGCCCAUGCGCAAAAAGCAUAUCCAAAAGAUGGAACCGGAGGAUGACUACCUUUGGUUGCUGCGUCGCAAAACUGCUAGUCCCACCAAAUCACCAAAGGCACGAACCAACCUGUGGCCGUUUCGUCAUAUGGAUUGUUUGAAGGCAAAUCGGCGCUCCUGGCAGGACGCUUCGCUUGUAACGAACAGACCGAGGUCUACGUCGAAUGUGGACUAUCAGAAUCGAAGGGCUUUGAACAUCGAAUCUAACGAUGAGAAUAACUCCUUCAAGAUGCAAGAUACAUCCACUCGGGCGGGGCCAAGCGGUACAAGAGCUAUUGCUACUGGGAACAAGAAGCAGGUCAGUUUUCAGCUACCGGCUUCCUACUACAAAAGGUGAACGUGGGUAAGUCUGUUGGUUU